GCACCCAUUCACUGAGGAUCCACUGGUGACCAAGUGACGCAAAGCUAAAUAUUUCCAAAUCUGUUCCAAUGAAGUAUCUACAUCUUGGAUGUGCCGAGGGUGAGUCAAUGUUCACCAAAUGUUAAUUUUUGCGUGAACUAGCCUAUCCCUUGAAAGAGUCGCUUUACUAACCUACAACAGUUUCAAGUUGAUGAAUGAUGGGUUUGUUUGAACUUGAACUCAAACACUAAUCGGGGUCAAUUAUAGACCGUUCGCUUGUUUUGCUCUAGCUAAACUGUAACUUCCACAGCAGCAAGUGUUACUGGUGGGUUUAAUGUGUCAAACAGCCCUUCAGUGAUCUAUUCCUAAAUUUAAACCAUGCAAUACUAACCAGACAAAUUCCUUAUCGAGGAAAUCUUCUUAAACCUGUAUGGAGAUAGGACCUCCUCCACUAGAUUAACAACUCCACCGUCGUUUUAAUAGCAAAAUAGCAUUAUGAAAGCAAUGAAUAUUUAUAGCUGAUAUUUAUCACUGGGAUAACAGCUGAAUCAGAUCACAUCUCUGUUAUGUCCUUUGCGAUAGCUGAAUAUCAUGCGUCGGGUAAAUGAUUGACUCCAGUUGUACAGACCACUGGGUGUUGUCUUUUUCUUCCAUGGAAAUCCAGAUACCUGUUUCCUGGUAAGAGGCAGGAUACAGGUUUUAUUUGAGCAGUUUAUAGUGCACAUUUAAAACAAAUUAUCGCGCACCUGGAGAGGAAUAAAAAUGGGCAAAUCAUUCACCGUGCUUCACUGGCUUGUCCUCACUCUGGGGCUAGUUGCGGCGCAAGCAGAAAUUCCAGAGAAAGCUGAGCAAGCUCUGCCAAACUGGCUGACGGGAAUCAUCGCCGUCGCGGUUUUCCUCUUUCUCGUCUUCAUCGCCUUCCUUGUAAACAAAGCCUGGUGUAAAACUCCAAGCGAAGCAGAAGCAGUGCCCACUGAAUACGCCAUGACUAAUGGAUCAACCCAUGAAACCAGUCUUGAUGCAGUCAGGAGCAGUGAAGACCCUAAAGCAUAUGAGAACGUGAUCGUUCACCAAACAGAUGAAAAAGUGACCAAGAUGUAAUCUCAAGGAAACGUCCAUAAUCAGCCCAGUCAGCACGCCAUGUUAACCUUACUUAUUGUUGGAAAUAAGUUAUCAUUUUAAUAGCUGACACAGCUCAUCUUGUACCAAAGGUCAGCAGGGAUUUUUUUUUUGCAGGUUUGUGUAAUUAACAUUAACUGUAGUUAAUUCUGAAGAAUAUUUAUUGAGCAUGUUACUGCAGUAUCAUGCAUUCAGUAUCUCACUGAUCUUUGUUUUGCAAACCUCUUUAAAUAAUACUUAAUAAUAAUAUUCAUAAAAUAAAAUCCUCUACCAUUCAAAAGUCUUUGAUCGUAGGAUUUGUAAUGGUUUGGGGUCUUUUAUGCUCACAACGGGUGCAUUUAUCUGAUCAAAUAUAAUGAAAGCCCUAAUAUUGUGAAAUAAUUAUUAGAACUUAAAAUAGCUCUAUUUUAAUAUAUAUUUUAAAUGUAUUUUUUUUCUUCCCGUGAUUCAAAGCUAAAUAUUAGCAGCCAUUACUCACUGUCUAUUUUUUGUGGAACUAUUUCUGAUGAAUAAAGUUAAAAAGAACAGCAUUUAUUUUAAAUAGGACUCUUGUGACAAACGUUAGAUUAAAUGUAAUGCAUCCUUGCUGAACAAAAUUAUUUUCUUUAAAAAUAUCUUCGUGUCACUAAUUAUUUAAAUGGACGUGCAUGUAAAAAGUGCAGAAAUAAGUGUUGUGAUUGUUUCUUGUGCAUUGAAAUAAAGCUUAAAAUACAAGUCAAAAGACACUUAAAAUGAAAAUAACUUUAUUUUUUGUCACUUUCGAUAAAUUCUACUUGUCCAAAAUAAAGUCAAAGACCAUAAUGAGCACUUGUUUGUUUUGCAAAUGUUAAGAAAUCAGCUUUAUUUCAGGCUUAGAUCUGUAUCUUGUGUAUGAAUUUAACUAAAUGGUUUCUUUUGACUU